UCGAGUCGCAGUAAAAAGCUAUCGUCUUGUCGCAUCGCGAACUUUACACAGAAACCAUUAAAAACGCAUAAGUGACUGUGGGCAGUGAUGUGAACAAAAAUGUGCAAAAUGACUCUUUAUCAAUGUCUCUUUCUUGUCUUCAUUCUUCUCAAAGACGUCUUCGCUCUCAAAGACGUCGUUUUGACUAUCAGACCCGAAGUUGUCGAGAGAGGGAGUUUCGCCACCCUAAUAUGUUCCUACGAUCUCGAAGGAGCCACUUUGUACUAUGUCAAGUGGUACAGGGGCACCCACGAAUUCUACAGGUACACCCCGAGCGAGAGACCCACCACCAAGCUAUUCCCCUUUGGGGCAAUCAACGUUGAUGUAAAUCGUUCCAACGCUACUCAAGUCGUUCUUACAGAUAUAGACUUUAAACUUUCAGGAAAUUUCAGCUGUGAAGUCACUACUGAUGAAGAACCGGCGUCUACGGAAACUGCCGUUCAGUCCAUGUUAGUCGUACAACUGCCCGAAUUUUUCCCGACAAUAAGCGUGGGUCGGGACCCUUUGGACUACGGUGACGUCCUCCGUGCAAACUGCACCUCUCCCCCUGCACGUCCCGCCGCCAAACUCAAGUUUCUCCUAAACGACUUGUUGGUGGCUUCCACGCCGCCGUUGUCGCCUCGCCGCUCCCAGGAGGUGCAAUGGAGUGACCUCAGUCUUGAGUUGCCCCUCCACGAGUACCACUUUAGUCGGGGUAAACUAAUCCUGCGGUGUGUGGCACAAGUGGCAGGAAUUUACCACGAAGAAGCCGUCCUCGAGCUGCCCAGUGUCCGGGACCCAGUUCCUGCGAAAGUGAGUGCAGACGAUUCGGCCAGUUUUGCUCCCUGUGAAAUAGUCCUGCAGAUAUUUUUUAUUUUACUUCUUCGAAUUGCUGGUGUCAUGAACUAGAAAUUUCAUUCGGGCUGGAAGUGCCUUGUUACUUUUAAAUUUAUUCAAAUUUUUUGUUAGUUCCUCACUGAUGGUGACAUGACAUCGGCGGUUACAUAGAUUUUAUGUACUUUUAUACGUUAUUAGAGUAGCAAAAUGAAAAUUUUCACGAAUCCGGAUUUUUUUGACAAUCACACGUUUUGUGAAAAUUUUUGCUCACUAUCACUGUUCUUCUGUUGGCAAUUAAAGAAUUGUUAUCUGUGAUAAUACUAAUAAAGUCGUUAUGUUUA